GCGGGUGAUUCACCAACUUCCUUUUUACUGUGGCCGCCAUAGCGUGUGGAGCGUGGUCCCCGGCGAGCCGAAAGAUAACUACCGAAAAUGGCGUGUUCCCGACCCCUCAUCUCGGUGUAUUCCGAGAAAGGAGAAUCUUCGGGCAAAAAUGUAGUCAUGCCUGCUGUGUUCAGGGCCCCCAUUCGCCCUGAUGUUGUGAAUUUUGUUCACACCAACAUGCGCAAGAACAGUCGCCAGCCUUAUGCUGUCAGCGAACUUGCAGGUCACCAGACGAGUGCAGAGUCCUGGGGAACAGGCAGAGCUGUAGCGCGUAUACCUCGUGUCAGAGGUGGUGGCACUCACCGUUCAGGCCAGGGUGCUUUUGGAAAUAUGUGUCGUGGUGGUCGCAUGUUUGCCCCCACUAAAACCUGGCGCCGUUGGCACCGCAGGAUCAAUACACCCCAGAAACGCUAUGCCAUCUGCUCUGCCCUGGCUGCUUCAGCCAUUCCUGCACUUGUUAUGUCCAAGGGCCAUCGUAUUGAGGAAAUCCCUGAAGUCCCAUUGGUGGUUGAAGACAAAGUUGAGGGCUACAAGAAGACCAAGGAGGCAGUGCUCCUGCUCAAGAAGCUCAAAGCCUGGAAUGACAUCAAGAAGGUCUACGCCUCUCAGCGCAUGCGUGCUGGUAAGGGUAAAAUGAGGAAUCGUAGACGAAUCCAGCGUAAAGGGCCAUGCAUCAUCUACAACCAAGACACUGGUUUAACCAAAGCCUUCAGAAAUAUUCCAGGCAUCACUCUGCAGAACGUGAACAAACUGAACCUCCUGAGGCUUGCUCCUGGUGGUCACGUUGGACGAUUCUGCAUCUGGACCGAAAGCGCUUUCCGAAAGCUGGACGACCUGUACGGCACCUGGCGCAAGCCUUCCACCCUGAAGGUCGACUACAACCUUCCCAUGCACAAGAUGACAAACACAGACCUGAGCAGGAUUCUGAAGAGUGAGGAGGUCCAGAGAGCUCUACGUGCACCCAUCAAAAAGAUCAACCGCAGAGUCCUGAAGAAGAAUCCUCUGAAGAAUCUGAAGAUAAUGCUCAAACUGAACCCUUAUGCCAAGACGGCAAGGCGUCACGCAAUCCUGCAGCACGACCCUACUAUCAAGGCUAAGAUGCUAAAGCCCAAGAAGAGGCAUGGAAAGAAAGGAGCACCUGCUAAACCCAAGGCUUAAAUCUAAAGAGACUGCAGUUCAGUAAAUAAAUCAGUUGUUUGAAAA